AUGUCGGGUAAACAAACAGCGACGAGGGCAUCAGCAAGAACCAAAGCUACAGCAACAGCAACAGCAACUGUCAUUCCAAUUGCGACGAGAACAACUAGGGCACGGACUGCCACUGGCAAGAAUGCUGCGCUAGUUGUUGCCGACGCAUCAGCAAUUCCAGCACCCGUCAAAAAGACUGCCGGAAGAAAGCCUCUCACGAGCAAGGACAACUCCCUUGAUAUUCCUGCACCUACUACCAAAUCUAAAGCAAAGGUUGCUCCUCCUGUUCGAAAGGGAAAGUCAGCAAAUGAGGAUUCUGAAAGGGAACCUAUCAUGGCAUUCCUUCGUAUAAGGCCACGCAUGGGAGAGGAAGGGCCAGCAGCGUCACCUUAUUUGACCCCACUAUCAGACACAACUGUGAAUAUGACAGAUCCCCAUGACUCUCAAAGUGGUCGCUCCAAAUAUCGAUUUUCUACAGUGACUCCUUCGUCGCUGUACACAUUUUCUCAUGUGUUUCCUCCAAAUACCACACAGUCUGAAUUCUUCACCAAAACCACGCUCCCCCUCGUGAAGGACGUCUUGGUUGGUCAAAACGGCCUUUUGUUUACUUACGGUGUCACGAAUUCUGGUAAGACGUACACUGUGCAAGGCGGAGAAGAUAAAGGAGCUGCAGGCAUCUUACCCAGAUCUUUGGAUGUCAUCUUUAAUAGUAUUGAAGGGUUGCAUGGUGAUGGACGUUACCGACCCGUUCGCUUGCAUGGGGUAGAACUGUCCGAUGAUCUUGAUUCGACGGCGCCGCCAAUUAUGCCUGAGCCUGCUUUAGCCGAUGUUCUGGGAUCCUUCGACACAUAUGACACGGAGUUUGAUAUUGACCCGACAGUCAUCUCGGUGGAUCGCAACCAUGAGUAUACGAUCUGGAUUUCUUAUGCAGAAGUAUACAACGAGAAGGUAUACGAUCUCCUAGCCUCUGUCAAAGAUGAAACCAAUGCACCCCCCGAUGGCGGACGCCCACGACCAACCGGAGGAAAAUCUCUUUUUCUAACAAGACAAGCUUUACCUUUGAGGCCAUCCCCAGCCUCCGAUUCAGCUGAUACCGAUGUUGGUGGAAAAUAUAUUGCCGGUCUUCGUCAGUUCCGCGUUCAUAGUGCUGCACAAGCGAAGGCACUUGUCAAACUUGGCCAAUUGCAUCGUCGUGUCUUUGGCACAUUGGCAAACAGUGAGAGCAGCAGAAGUCAUGGGAUGGUCAUCAUCAAGGUUGUGAGAGGUCAUAGAGGCGAACGAAAUGACCCAACUUCACUGCAAAUUUCCAGACUAACUCUCGUCGACCUUGCAGGGUCUGAACGCACAAAACAUACCCACACAACAGGUGAUAGGCUCAAGGAAGCAGGGAACAUCAAUAAAUCUCUCAUGGUCCUUGGACAAUGCAUGGAAGUCAUGCGUUCUAACCAGCGGAAAAUCGCAAUGAGUCUCUCCAGCGACUCACUCAAAGAAGGGCGUGUCGAUACAAGAGAUGUCAAAAAAGGCUUGGCCGUUGUCCCUUUCAGACACAGUAAACUGACUGAAGUGUUAAUGGAUUACUUCGUGGGAGACGGUAGGACGGUUAUGAUUGUUAAUGUCAAUCCAUACGAUACCGGUUACGACGAGAACUCGCAUGUAAUGAAGUUUGCCGCUCUUGCAAGAGAAGUUUACGUUACACCAGCACCAGCACCUCUCCAGAGAGUGCCUGCAAUAGGCCCAGGUGCUAUGCAUGGCAAGAAAAUAAAGAGUUUAGGACCUCUCACCCUGAGUGAUCCCGAUAUUGCCCCUCGUCCAUUCACAAGAAAGGUUACUAUUUCAAUGAAUGGUCCCGAACAUGGUAAAAAGCCUGUGGAAGCCAUCCUCGAAGUCCGCGAAGAUGAUGAACCGCAUGAAGAAAUCAAUAAAGACCAGGAUGAUGAUGAGGACUAUCCUAUCAAUCCCUUAGUCGAUGCCCUAUUUGAUGAAGUGGAACAUCUUCGCCUUCAGCUUUUCGAAUCUGAGAUGAGAUGCGCUCUCAUUGAAGCCGAAACACGCGAAGAAGUGAUGAGAGAAAUGGAGGAACGAAUGAGGAUGAUGGAAGAAAUGUACUCCAGGAGAUUGAUGAGCGAACUAGAACGAAAUGAACAAAAGACAGAUGCUAAGAUUGACAUGCUACACCAAUCUGGCUUGUUCGGUAGCCCGACGAAACCCUCGCGCUAUAUUCCUGUGGAUGAAGACCUCUCCGAAGAGGAGGAUGUUGAAUAUGGUGAAGAAGAGCCUUCGGACGAUGAAAAUGAUGAUCGUUCAAUGUCACAAUCGCCUCUUGCGGCGAAGACAAAUAAAUUACCAAGGAAAUCUAGUGUCGCCCCUCGACCUAUUAUUGAAAAACGGGCUUUUGUUCCUGACCCUCCUAUGCUGCCUUCAGAUACUGAGGAUGCACAGCUGACUGAAACCGAAGAGAGUGAUGGAGAGACGCCAAGUGCAGCUCCUUCACACACUACUACAGCAACCAAGUCAAAUCUGGAUGAUGAGGGCGAUGACGAUGACGAUUAUACUGAAGAGGAGGGGGAUGAGGAUGAAUGGGAGCCCCCAACUAAGAGGCAGAAAGAAACGAAACCUCCCUCUCCCCGUGUAUCUCCUCCAGCCUCUUCAAAUCGACCUAGAAUCUCCAAAUUAACGAAAGGCGUAAACAAAUUACAAAUCAACGACCAAUCCGCUGAUUCUGAUGAGGAUGACGAAUUGUCACGUCCUGUGGUGAAAAAGAAAAAAAGGAAAGCCAAUGCUCAAUUUUUAUAUGCACCACCAUUUACUUUUUAUCCACCACAGAAUAAUCUCCAGUAA